GAGCAGCCUCUGGGUCGCCGGGGGCUCCCGACCAGACUUCUGCAGCCUCGGGCGCCCAAGGCCACGUGGGUUGUCUUUGCCUGGACCUGCUGGCGGUGGCAGACAAAGGGAGCGAGCCGGAGUGACGGUCACCCCAGAAGUCGCAUGCGCGUACUCCACGCUUCGAGCCCGCCAUGGAUGAUGGGUACCGAAACAGCCCGAACCUCUACCACGGAGCGAGGGACAUAGCUGGCGAGGCGGCCAGGCAGUCCUGGAACCAAGGCAUGGAGGGCUCCAGUUACCAGGACGGCUACGAGGGCUACUACCGCGGCAAUGAGUCGAACCCGGAAGAAGACGCCCAGAGUGACGUCACCGAGGGCCAUGACGAGGACGACGAGAUCUACGAGGGCGAGUACCAGGGCAUCCCCCACCCGGACGACGCCAAGGCCAAGCAGGCUAAGAUGGCGCCCGCCAUGGGGGACAGCCUCCGGGGCCGGGCGGACCUGCUGGCCGAGAGGAUGGAAGACGAGGAGCAGUUGGCCCACCAGUACGAGACCAUCAUUGAUGAGUGCGGCCACGGGCGCUUCCAGUGGACCCUCUUUUUCGUCUUGGGCUUGGCCCUCAUGGCCGACGGGGUGGAGGUGUUUGUGGUGAGCUUUGCCCUGCCCAGCGCAGAGAAGGACAUGUGUCUAUCCAGCUCGAAGAAGGGCAUGCUGGGGCUGAUAGUCUACCUGGGGAUGAUGGCCGGGGCCUUCGUGCUGGGGGGCCUGGCCGACAAGCUGGGCAGGAAGCGAGCCCUCAGCAUAGCGCUGGCCGUCAGUGCCUCCUUUGCCUCCCUCUCCUCCUUCGUGCAGGGAUAUGGAGCCUUCCUCUUCUGCCGACUCCUCUCUGGCAUCGGCAUAGGGGGCUCCUUGCCGAUCGUCUUUGCCUAUUUUUCGGAAUUCCUGUCUCGGGAGAAGCGGGGCGAGCACCUCAGCUGGCUCGGCAUGUUCUGGAUGACGGGGGGCAUCUACGCGUCCGCCAUGGCCUGGAGCAUCAUCCCUCACUACGGCUGGGGCUUCAGCAUGGGGACGCACUACCACUUCCACAGCUGGAGGGUGUUCGUCAUCGUCUGCGUGCUGCCCUGUGUCCUGUCCUUGCUGGCCCUGCAGUUCAUGCCGGAGAGCCCCCGCUUUCUGCUGGAGAUGGGCAAACACGACGAGGCCUGGAUGAUCCUGAAACGCGUCCAUGACACGAACAUGCGGGCCAAGGGGGCCCCCGAGAAGGUGUUCACGGUUUCCAACAUCAAGACGCCCAAGCAAAUGGACGAGUUCAUCGAGAUCCAGAGCGCGACAGGAACCUGGUACCAGCGCUGGCUGGUCAGGUUCAAGACCACGUUCAAGCAGGUCUGGGACAAUGCUCUGUACUGCGUGAUGGGGCCGUACAGGACGAACACACUGAUCCUGGCUGUGGUCUGGUUCGCCAUGGCUCUCAGCUACUACGGGCUGAUCGUCUGGUUCCCUGACAUGAUCCGCUACUUCCAAGACGAAGAGUACAAGUCUAAGAUGAAGGUGUUUUUCGGCGAGCACGUGUACGGUGCCACGAUCAACUUCACCAUGGAAAAUCAGAUUCAUCAGCACGGGAAGCUUGUGAAUGACAAGUUCACGAAGAUGCACUUCAAGCACGUACUCUUCCAGGACUCCGUCUUCGACGAGUGCUACUUUGAAGACGUCACUUCUACUGACACUUAUUUCAGAAACUGCACCAUUGAGUCGACCGUCUUCUAUAACACAGACCUGUACGAGCACAAGUUCAUCAACUGCCGCUUCGUCAACACCACCUUCCUGGAGCAGAAGGAGGGCUGCCACAUGGACCUGGAGGAGGACAACGACUUCCUGGUCUACCUCGUCAGCUUCCUGGGCAGCCUGUCCGUCCUGCCCGGGAACAUCAUCUCGGCGCUGCUCAUGGACAGGAUCGGCAGGCUCAAGAUGAUCGGCGGCUCCAUGCUCGUCUCCGCACUCUGCUGCUUCUUCCUCUUCUUCGGCAACAGCGAGUCCGCCAUGAUCGGCUGGCAGUGCCUGUUCUGCGGGACCAGCAUCGCGGCCUGGAACGCACUGGACGUGAUCACCGUGGAGCUCUACCCCACCAACCAGAGGGCCACAGCCUUUGGCAUCCUCAAUGGAUUAUGCAAGUUUGGCGCCAUCCUGGGAAACACCAUCUUUGCUUCCUUCGUGGGGAUCACCAAAGUGGUCCCCAUCCUCCUGGCCGCCGCUUCUCUGGUUGGGGGUGGCCUGGUUGCCCUCCGGCUGCCCGAGACGCGAGAACAGGUCCUGAUGUGACCACCCGUGGGGACAGGAGAGGCCGAGAGCAUCGCGGACGCAGCCCCGCUUCCUGCCCUCCCCGUCCCGCGGCCGCCUCGGACAGUGAGGGGGGAGUCGGUUUUGUGAAUCCUCGUUUAGGACCCUCGUCAUAUGUCUAUAACUCAGGUGACGGAUUUGGGGGUGCCCUGGCUGCGUCUCGGCUUGGAUCUCCCCAGCCAAGGCACGUGGAGGAGCCCGCAGUGAGGGCACACACGAGCCUUUCCCCGUGUGAGGGGCGAGACCCUCUUGUGUUCCCAAAUGUGGGGCUCAGGCCGGAGGCUGGAGCCAUCCCCAGUACAGGAUAUAUUUUUGCACUUCGCGGUAUCACCUGUCACAUUUCCCACUUGAAAACUGGCGUGCUAGCAUCGAAGAUACCUGAUGUAGAGGCCCAGUGUUUGAGCCAUACCCACAGAGCUCGACUCCCCUCCUGAACGCCCCGGCGAUCGGGCUCCACGCAGGGUCACAUUCUCCCCGUCGUGCUCUGUGGACGGACACUGACGGGGUCAGCAGUCCACCCACCCAGAUUGUGUACAAGGAGAUGUGGACUGCGUCCCCACACACGGAGUCUGGAACUGUAGCAGCACUUCAGCCGAAUUUCGGGAGCACUUGGUGUUGAGGCCCCGGUCGCUGGGUCUGGUCGGGCGGCCACCAGGCACUUUCUCAAAGCCAUGGCACUUGCUGUCGGCCGGUGUCCGCAGCACCCUCGCCUCGCACACUGAGCCAGGUGCUUCUCCUUGGCUGCGUGCAGUGACAGCUCACGUAGGCCACACGGGGACUCCAGCUCAUCCUGGCCCUGGCAUCGGCUUUGCUGUCGUCCCCGAAGCAGC